UCCGUUUCCGGUUCUCUUUCGUCCAGCAGCACAGCAGAGGGAGGAAGAUGGCGGCGGCCCAGUCCGACAGAGACCCACCGUUUCUUCUAGGUUCUGAGUUCCUGAACUUCUCCGCCAAAGACACCGCGUUGCGAUGGCUGGUGUCGGCCAACCUACAGCAGGAGGUGUACCAUCACCUUGCUGUGUAUGUACCCAGGAUCCUUUGCCUGGGGCCCAGUGGAGGGAGCAGCAGGGAGGAGCAGAAGGAGGAGCAGAGGGAGGAUCUGGUCUCUCAGAUGCUCCUCCUGGCUCCUUUGGAGUGGCUCCUGCUGGGUGAGGAGCCGGCCUCAGGCCUGGCUCUCCUUCAGGAGAACAACCAGCCAUCACCUCUGUGUGGACACGUGUUCAAGGUGGGAGAGCCCACCUACUCCUGCAGGGAGUGUGCAGCUGAUCCGACCUGUGUGCUGUGCAUGAAGUGUUUCCUGGAGAGUAUUCACAAAGAACAUCGGUAUAGGAUGACUACGUCAGGUGGUGGAGGCUUUUGUGACUGUGGAGAUGCUGAAGCCUGGAAGAAAGGUCCAUACUGCCAGAAACACAAGCCUACCGAAACCAACAGAGACACAGAGGAGGAUCCUGUAUCUGUGCUGCCUGCUGAUAUGGUCGCUCGUGGUUUCAGCAUCUUUUCAAUCCUCCUCAAGUACGCUGUGGACAUGCUGACCUGGGAUCAGGAGAACCAACUACCUGAAGGGCUGGAGCCACCGGCCAGAGAAGACACCUACUACUGCAUGUUGUUUAACGAUGAAGUGCACACAUAUGAACAGGUCAUCUACACGCUGCAGAAAGCCGUCAACUGCAGCCAGAAAGAAGCCGUCAGCUUUGCCACCACCGUGGACAGAGACGGCAGGAAGUCAGUUCGCUAUGGAGACUUCCAGUUCUGUGACCAAGCCAAGUCUGUUAUAGUGAGGAACACCAGUCGUCAGUCCAAGCCUCUCAGGGUGGAGGUGAUGCACUCAUCUGUUGUUGCUCACCAGUGUUUUGCUCUGAGGGCUCUAAGCUGGUUGGGUCAGAUUAUUCAGUACUCUGACGGCCUGAGGAGGAUUCUGUGUGAGGUCGGCCUGCAGAAAGGUCCAGAAGGAGAGUACUCGUCUCUGGUGGACAAACUGAUGCUCAAUGACUCAAAGAUGUGGAAAGGAGGAAGGAACAUCUACCACCAGCUGCUGAUGAACAGCCUCCUCAUGGACUUCAAAUACAAGAAGGUCUUUGCCAUCCAGUUUGCCAAGAACUACAGACGCCUUCAGACAGAUUUUAUGGAGGACGACCACGAGCGAGUGGUGUCAGUGACGUCACUGUCUGUUCAGCUCUUCACCGUCCCAACCAUGGCCCGGAUGCUGAUGGUAGAGGAGAACCUUAUGACCACCAUCAUCAGGACCUUUGUUGAUCACCUCCGUCACCGAGACCUGCAAGGACGCUUCCAGUUUGACCGCUACACCGCCCAGCAGGCCUUCAAGUUCGGACGAGUCCAGAGCCUCAUCGGAGACCUCAAGUACGUUCUCAUCAGUCAUCCGUCUGAGUGGAGCGAACAGCUCAGACUGAAGUUUCUGGAAGGUUUGGAUGCUUUUCUGGAGCUGCUCAAGUGUAUGCAGGGUAUGGACCCCGUGGUGAGACAGGUGGGGCAGCACAUAGAGAUGGAGCCUGAGUGGGAGGCAGCAUUCACUCUGCAAAUGAAACUGACUCACAUCAUUUCCAUGAUCCAAGAGUGGUGCUCCACUGAUGAGCGAGUGCUGAUUGAGGCGUACAGGAAGUGCCUGGGCGCGCUCAGUCAGUGUCACAGUGGCCUUCCAGACGGCGAGCAGCCAAUCAGCUUGAGUCUGGCCAGUCACUGUGUGGAGACCUUCAGGUACCAGGUGUCUCAGGACAAGGUAUCCAUACACCUUCCUGUCUGCAGACUGCUCGCAGGUCUUCAUGUUCUUCUCAGCAGGACAGAAGUUGCGUCGCGUUUCCCUGAACUGCUUCCUCUGGGGGAUCUCAGCCCUCCCCUCUUGAUCGAACUCCCCCUCCGCUGUCUGGUCCUCUGUGCCCAGGUGCAUGCUGGGAUGUGGAGGAGGAAUGGCUUCUCCCUGAUCAACCAAAUUUAUUAUUAUCACAACGUCAAGUGCAGAGUGGAGAUGUUUGACAAGGACAUUGUGAUGCUGCAGGCUGGAGCCUCCAUGAUGGAUCCUAACCACUUCCUGAUGAUUCUUCUCAGCCGAUUUGAACUCUUUCACAUCUUCAGCUCCACAGACUGCAGAAAGAGAUACAGAGAGGCUAACAAGGACGUGGUCCAGCAGAACAACACUCUGAUCGAGGAGAUGCUUCACCUCAUCAUCAUGGUUAUCUGUGAGCGUUACCGGUCAGGUGUCGGCCAGGUGGAGCCCUUUGAUGAGGUCAGAAGAGAAAUCAUCCACCAGCUGUCAAUCAGACCGAUGGCUCACAGCGAACUUGUGAAGGCUCUGCCAGAGAAUGGGAACAAGGAGACGGGUCUGGAAAGAGUCAUCGACAGUGUGGCUUCAUUCAAGAAACCAGGUGUGACCGGCCGAGGUCUCUAUGAACUACGUCCUGAGUGGAACAAACACUUCAACCUGUACUUUCAUCACUACAGCAGAGCCGACCAAUCCAAGGCGGAGGAGGCUCAGAGGAAGCUAAGGAGACAGAACAGAGAGGACACAGCCCUCCCCCCCCCAUCCCCACCUCCUCUAUGUCCUCUGUUCGGCAGCCUGGUAAACCUGCUUCAGUGUGACGUGCUGCUGGCUGUCCAGGGCGCAGUGCUGCAGUGGGCUGUGGAGCCCAGUGGGGGGUGCUGGACCGAGUCCAUGCUGCAGAGGGUGCUUCAUCUGGUGGGUGUGGCUCUUCUGGAGGAACAGCAGCAGUUGGAGUGCAGCAGCAGAGACCUUGACAUCACCUUUAACUACACUUGCAAGAUCACACGUCCCGGUGAAGCUCCCAAUACUUCAGGAAGUGUCCUGGCUCUGUUGGAAAGUCUUCAGAACGCUCCUCAUCUGGAGGUUCACAAAGACCUGAUCACUUGGAUCCUUAAGAUGGUUGCAAACAUCAAAAGGAUGAGAGAACAAACGUCGGCCUCCUUCACCGUCAACAUUAGCCAGGACCAAGGAACAGAGGAGACGGUGAGAGACAAGGACAAGGCGGAGAGGAAGAGGAAGGCAGAGAUGGCUCGUCUCAGGAGGGAGAAGAUCAUGGCUCAAAUGUCUGAGAUGCAGAAACAUUUCAUCAACGAGAACAAAGAGCUUUUCCAGCAGAGCCUGGAGGAGCUGGAGGCAUCUACGUCUGCUGCUGCGGCAGAGAGCAGUCCUCCCAGUUCAGAAUCCACCUGUGUUUCACAGGUUUGUGUUGGUCCCAGGAGAGUGGGCAGAGCUGAGCACCGUCAGCUGGUGACGUGUAUCCUCUGCCAGGAGGAGCAGGAGGUCAGAGGUCAAGGUAGAGCCAUGGUGCUGGCGGCCUUUAUCCAGAGGUCUACGGUUUUGUCUAAAAACCGUCAUCGUAACCUACCUGACCCAGAGCGUCAUGAGGCUGUGUUCAUGCACCCUGACCUGUCACUGGGCAUCCACACGGCCAGCUGUGGACACAUCAUGCACGCUACCUGCUGGCAGAGGUACUUUGAGGCGGUGCAGUUGAAAGAGCAGAGACGUCAGCAGCGUCUUCGAGGUCACACCAGCUAUGAUGUUGAGAACGGAGAGUUCCUGUGUCCUCUGUGCGAGUGUCUGAGCAACACUGUGAUCCCUCUGCUGCCCCACACACACUCACCUGACCACAGGGUCGAUCAUCCCAGUCUGGAGGCGUGGCUUAAAACAACCAAUCAGCAAAUAGCAGCACUCCACUUCGCCCACAGGAAGCUGUCUAAUGGUGUAGCAGAGGGGGCGGAGCCUGCUGUUUCUGAUGGAUUCAGAGUGGACUUCAUUCCACAGAACCCGUUUUCCAGCAGCAUCAGGGAGAUGAUCACAACCUUCGGGAUGUCAACCUACAAGGUGGGACUGAAGGUGAACCCCAACGAGCAGGACCAGAGGGUCCCGGUGCUGAGCUGGUCCACCUGCGCCUACACCAUCCAGAGCAUAGAGCGCCUCCUGGUGGAUGAGGACAAGCCUUUGUUUGGAGGUCUACCUUGCCGACAGGAUGAUUGCUUAAGCGCACUCACCAGAUUCAGCUCCGCCUGUUGGACUGCAGCUCCACCAAUAACAGUUCAGUCCCACUUCAUGAGGUUGCUAGCAGCCGUGGUUCCAGACUCUGAGGAGGAAAACAUUCCAUCUAUCCUCGACAUCGACAUGUUUCACCUGCUGGUCUACAGUGUGAUGUCAUACAGCUCAGUUCACUGUCUGGACCAAUCAGGACAGAGAGUGGUAGACUCCUCCCACCUCCACCUACUUCACCUGGUCACUGUGGCUCAUCUGGUUCAAAUCCUGCUAACUUCCACAACAGAAGAGGUGUGUAUGGAUCAGGACAGUAGCGGAUCAGAGGAGGAGGAGCUUACCAGCCGUCUCUACAACACGCUGAGGAAACACCUGGGCAGUGUGUUACCCGAGGUGACGUCUGGCUGGCAGCUCUUUCGUUGUCUUAAAGUUGGUUUCCUGCCGUUCCUCCGAGCCGCCGCCCUUUUUUUCCACUACUUGAACUCUACGACGCCACCUGCUGACCUGCUAGUUGCAGGUCCUAGUCAAUGGGAGGCGCUGUGCAGCUUCCUCAAUCUGCCCUGCAACCUGCUGCAGCUUCACCAGACCCAACACACACUGCUGGAGCCGUUCAUACACAGGUGGUGUUGUCAUCCGGCUGUGAGACAGAAACUGCAGGGGGGGAGGGACAUAAUCAGUUUCCCCAGAGAGUCAAACCGACUGAUCCAACUGCCUUGAAGAUUAACAGCGUCCGGAUCCAAACAGGCAUUCCAGCUUCAUGUCAGUACACACUGCAAAUACA